AUGAAAUCCUCGAAGUCUGUUAAAUCUAAUGGAACAAAUACUCAUGGAAUCCAUGGAGACACGAUCACAGCGACGAAUUUGGUAAGGUCUAACCCUAUUUGUGAACAGAGAAAUAACAGCGCUUGAAAAUGUAAUUACGUGACCUCUUUAGUUACCCGUAUUCUUGUAAAUGGUUAAGGAGAUGAUUUGAUCGUAAGUCUUAGAAGGCGUCUCUAAUGCUCACUUUCUAAAUUAAUGAAGCUUGCAACUGAUGUAAUUAAAACACUGCUUUGAUCCCGCCAGGAUUAAAACCGCAUCAUUAUUGAUGCUUGGAACUCCUUCGUUUUGAUAUGCGACAAGCUGCUUUUCAUCCCAGAAAAUCUGUGAAUGUUUUGGCGAUGAAGAGGUUAUAAUGAUGCUAUUUAAUGAGCAAACUAAUGACUAACUAAGGAACUAUAAUCAUUUCAUUUAAAUCACACGAUAGUUUUAAUUGUUGUAGAAAAUGCUUUGCAAAAGUAUAUCAAGGAAAGCUUGCACAAACAAGAGAUUUCUUACGUAUCAUGUAAAACAGGAUUUGUACAAUGUUAAGAAUAUUAACCUUACCUGCUAUAUAUAUAAAUGUUUGAGUGGAUUCGAUUUAACUCAGUGAACUGGGUUAGGGCUCAAAGGAAUUAAUUCGAAGACCUCAUUUGUUAUCCAUUCUUUACCAACCGACAACUAGAAACGUAUUAACACCAAAAACAUCUGUUUGGAUUCCAAAUCAGAAACAAGCCAAGGAUGGUAGAUUAUGAACCUUGCACUUACCCAUAACGAAUUGUGAUCUACACCCUGAUACCAUGUUAGCCUCAGAAAAAUUUUGAUCCAAUUUUGAAAUCUUGCAAGUCUUUGAGAUUACGCUACAAGGAGCUGCAGUUUUGUUUGUUUUCGUAUUAGAUUGUAAGGUCUUGACCUUUUUCUGAGAAUCGCAUUUUGCACUUUACUCUCUACUUUUCUAUCAAUGGUAUUUUUUGGUCCUUAAGGAAUUGCAGUUUGAUCUCCUUAUGCCAAACAUUUUUUCCACUCCCAACUUCCAUGCCUGAGAGAUAUGUAACUCUUACAGUUCAGACCUAUCUUUGGUUUAGGAUUCCUUUUCCUUUGUUUUAAAAAAUGUUAAUACUUGAUAAUAAUUUUGAAAGGGAAGAUAAUAACAUUUAAAAUGAUAAAACUGAUCUUCCACUUAUACAUCAUCUAUCUUGAUAUUAAGAGGAGUUUCAAUAUUGAUAAAAGCUGGUUAAUGGUGGUUUACAGCUGCCUAUAAGACUUACUGCUGUCAGGUAAGCUUGCAAGCAGUCUCUCUUGUUUAGGUUUCUCCUAAUGGCUCCUUUUCUAGAUGCCCAGCUGCUUUAAUUACACCAUUGGCAACCGCUUAUGGCAAAAGUUAUUGAAAGCUCUGUGUAAUGAGAGACUGAAGUCUCCUCUAGUGAGUUUUUUGGCCUCAUUAUUCAUAAUGGUGUUAAUUAUUUUAGAUAUUUGAUAUUUGUUUUAAAAAUUAUGCUGAAAUAUAAUCAUCAUUUGGUGUUGUUUUCUAGGUUGAUAAGCCAGAUAUUUUACCUAUUAAAAAGCAGGCAGCAAAGAAGGCCAUAUAUCGCCGAGCAAUUACACCAUUACCUCCUAAAACUACCUCAAAUGCUAAACCAACUUCAAGACCACAAACUUCCCUAGGGCUUUAUAAUGAGAAGGAUGGUAGCUUUGAUGUUUUGUCAACUGAGUCCAGACCAAGCUCCGCAUUUGGAUUCAACAGCAAUAAUGACAGAACAGCAAGUGGACACAAAAUUUCCAGGUACUUAACAGUUGAUAUACAAUGCAAACUAUUGUUCUAAAGGAUGCAGUGCAAUCUCAUUAUCUUGAUUAUUUUAUUGUAAAUCUGAUAUUAUGAAAAAUUUGUGAUCAUCUGCAGUCUGUAGAUAAUUAACACUCAAUGAUUUUCCUAAUUAUUAAUCAACCACCUUGUCUCAGACUCUCCCCAAAACCUUAAAGUCAGUAAAAUAGGAAAACUUGAUCUGAGAAUUAAAAAAGAUAUCACUUAUUAAACAUGCUUGUAACAUCCUUGAAAAGAAACUCUGGCUAUUUGCUUUAUGGAGAUAAAUUUCCAAAAAAAUCUAAAUUUAAUUUAGUUCAUAAGAUUUUGUUUCUCUUUGGGAGACUGUGGGAUUGGUUCUUUAAAACUAUCCAGGAGACUCUCACAUUAACUGGGAUUAAAAUAAUGUUUGAACAAAAAGUGGUAUUAUAGUGAGAAUUGUAUGCUAUAUUUUUGAUAUACACACAGAUUGAAAGGUCCUCAAAAAGGUAAAAGUGGGGUUAAGAGCUCACAAAAAUAUAAGAAAGUUCCACCAAAAGCCAGAGUGGUCUGGAAGGAUAAUGCUGAACAGCAAGGACAAGCAACAAACACUGAUGCAAAAUCGGCAAACGCUGAUCAACCAAAAUUAAAUGGCAGUGGGAGUAAGUUUACUAACUUAAUGAAUCAAGACAAUUUUUUACCUCAAUUGGCAGUAAUGUUGUAAUCUGAUUGGCCAAUUUGCCAUUGUUGAUAAGGGUACAGACAAUGCUGCUUGCAUCAAUGUGUCAGGCACCGGUCACCGAAAGAAUCCUUUUAUUUGAGAUUGAUAUUGUGGUAAAAAUCAAACUGACAGUGGUUUAGUGUGGUCUAUACCAAUAUCCACAGUGAUAUUUGUCAUCAUAGAGGUAAAAAUUUGUUGCAGACUCUCUCGCUUACACCUCAUAAUCCACAACAUUUUGACCACUGUAAUGACAAAUAUCAUUGACAAUAAGAGUACAGAUGGUGAGACUGUCCUCAAGCCAAUGUUGAUUUGUUAAGUUGCCAUUUUUUCAAGGUGGCCUGCAAUCUGUUAGCCCUUUUGAAAUUGUAGUUAUGUAAAUUUAUGGUUCAUUAUUUACUACAUUAUUUACAAAGACAUUUGCGUGUUAGAAUAAAGGCAUACUCAUGGCUUUGUUAGUGCAAGUAGUCUCAUCUGGCACAGUAAAUUAGUCGGCAUACAUGAGCAUGCCUGAGUUCAAAGGUUUUGAUCAGCAUGCCUGAAAGUUUCCAUUUAUACAUUUGUGAACUAGUCUAAUUAUAAACUGAAAAUGAAUAAUGGGGAUAAGUUUCUAAAGAAAAUGUGGUGCUGCAUAUUUGGGGGAUAUUACAAAAUAAGAGCCAAUGCUUUAAAUAUCAGCUUUAAUCAAAAACUCUUUACGAUCAGUAAUUUUGCAUUAACAACCCAGAUAAUUGAAUUAUCAUAAAUUAUAAACUACAUUUGUUCUGUCUUAAUUAUCUAAAUUAUUAGGCAAUUCUUUAACUCCUCAAACAUGGGCAAGGAGCUCAUUAGACAGAGAGAGAGUUCUUCCUCGUCGACGCACAGGAUUCAAUGCAGGUGCCCUUAUUCCUGGAUCUGUCUCCACCAUGGUGUCCCUCCCAGAAACUGAUGAAAAUCAAAACACGGCUUCACUAGCCUCCCCUUCAUUUCAAGAUAUCUUGGACCAUGAUGCAAGUUCUGAAUAUGAUACUGAUCUGGAAGAAGACUUUCCAGGUAACUAUUAAUAAUGCCAGUAGUGCUUAAACUACAGUUUUAGUCACUUGCUGAUAUAAAAUUGUUACAGUGCAGUUUAAUUUUUGUGUCAUCAAACAACUGUUUUAUUUUCAGUGCCACGAAAAGCUUUUGAUCCUACUGGAAAAAAUUUAUACCACAAGUUAUGCAAAGAGGGAGGUGAGAUAACAACUUGUUCAUAUCGCAUUUUGUUGAUUAGAAAAAAUUGUAACAAAGUUUAUGUUUAUGAUUUUCUUUGUAAAGGUGAUUUUAUUGAAUAAUUCAAUGUAGCCUUUUAUCAUCAGAUGUUACAUUAAAUGUCAAAGAUUAUAGAAUGUUAACCAUUAUCAGUGAAAGUAGCUCAACUCUAAAUUCAUUUAAGUCAGAAACACAAAAAGGUGUGAGUGCUAGAUCAUUAUUUUCAUCCCUUUAUAGAUAUUAUAAUUGGCCUUAAAAUUUAUAUUUGGGAGUCUUCCUUUCCUAGAUUAUUCAUCUAGUUGGUUGAUGGCUCAUUGAGAUAAUUUUUUAAUGCAGUAAAAAUUUCAAAAUAGUUGUAAUUUUCUUCAACAGAUCUUGUUCCAGUUUCAUUCCUGUCAGACCGCCUCAACUGUCAGGAAGUGAUCAUGAAACAUCAUGGGCUUGGAUCACAGGGAACAUUUCCUAUUGCUAGAGCUCUUAUUGUAUGUUCAUUAACCCUGUACACCCUAACAUCAGCAUGCAAUUUCCCCAUACUGUUCUCUAUACAUUUCCUAUGUCACUUAUAAAGAGAAUUUGUCUAAUAAUUAAGAGUGUCUUGGGUUCAUGAUCAUUUCCUUUAUUCCUGUGACUUCAAUGUUUGAUUCAGGGGUGGUAAUGUUGGGAGAAAUUAGAAGCUUUCCACUCUUAAGGGCUUAAGGGUUAACUUAUGGGUUUAUAUGGGUUAUUGAAAACCUGGGAAGCCAGGGAAUACUGUAAUAUAAUUUCCAACCUUUCAAAGUCAUGAAAUUUGAUAUAAGGUCAUUCAGUGUCAUGGAAAAUGACUGAAUGUGUUAUUUUUGAAAAAUAAUGUAAGGAAAUCUUUGUCAUGUGGUUCUUUUCACAUUAUGAGGGUGGGGUCAAAUUUGCCACAGGCAAAGACAUAGUAGGGGGCAAGACAAAGAUUAAAAUGUCACUAUUGUACAAAGCCUAGAGGUAACCAGCAAUGGGCAUGCUUGAUAUGCCUUCUAGUUUGGAGCAAAGCACAACUAAAUCUUCACAUUUUUUUGUUUUCUAUCUUCUUUGCAGAAAAACACAUUUACAGAGAAGUUAGAUCUGACAGAUAACUAUAUAGAGGCAGCUGGAGGGGUAGCGCUUGCCAGAAUGUUGCUGGAUAACUGUUACAUCACUGAGAUUGUAAGCUACUAAAACUCUGAAUCUACAUAGAAUGCUUCUAAAGAGCUUUUUAAUUCCAGUCUAGAUAUGAUAUUAUAUAAAUACAUAUAAUUGAGUUCUUUCCAGUGCAGUAAUCAUUUAUAACAUAAUUAGACUAAGAAAAUGAGGUAUUUAUUUCUGCAUGUUAAAUAAGGAGUCAGAGAGAAAUAUCAUGAUAGCAUGGUUUACAUUCAUUUACUUCUUGGACAUUUAAAGAGAUCAUAUUCUGAACGCUUUGUGUCUGAAGACUUUGGCUUUUACUCCGAGCCAUUACUUGUGACAAAGGGUAAACCAUUCUGUGUUUUCAUAUGAUUCUUCUAAAAUCUGCUCCAAUGAGCAUCAAGAAAUCAAUGUUGGUUAGAGUUUCUUUUGGCAGCUUAGACAACAGAUCUAGACAGGAAGUUAUAGCUACUGCCAAUCCGAGAGUCACACUUAAUCCAGGUAUUGUUCUAUUCCACAUGUGCAAUCAUAAAACUUAAGUAUAGUAUGAUUUCAGUGAACUUCAAGUUACUUACUUUAGUAAUUUGAAAAAGGAAUAGAUAGUUACAUAUACAUUAGCUGUGUAAUAUUUAAUGAGAGUAGAUCUGAAAAAUAGUGUUUUUUCAAACACUUGACUAUAUGUAUCUUAACCAGUGUGUUAAGGGACUGUUAUACUGUAUCGAUUGGCUACGUCAGUUGAUAGGGGUGAAUUAGCUACAGAGGUGAAUUAUGUAUAGCUGACAUUUUGUGCAGUUAACGAUUUUCAAGUGGAGUGCAAGCACAUUAGGGAAAAACAGAUGUCAGAAUUGUCACCUUUUCAAAGCUCACUUUAAUGAAUGAUUGUCACUUUAGAAAGACCAAAAAUAGGUCUGAUGGAAUAAGCACCUAAAGAUUCUCCAGUGUUAAGAAGAACUGUUAACAAUGAGAGUUAUUUGUAUGAGACAUGUUUUCAGUAUCCAAUAAUAUACUUCAGUCAGUACUAAUAUGGAUUUUAAAAUGUAAUAGAUAUAGAUUUUAAAAUAACUGAUUUCCUCAACAUAAUUUAUAUCCUGAAUAUUUACAAUUGUGAUAAAUGAUAGUGUUGUCUCUAUAAAUACUGUCCUAGUAUAAAUCAUCAUAUUUGAAGUGACAAGUAAAUAUUUAAUUGGAUAUACAUUUGAAUAAAGACACUUUAAAAACUUGUUUUAACUUAUUGAAGAAUGUAUUAAAAUGAUUAUUUCAUGGCAGUUUUUGAUGAAAUCAUCAGUGUUAGCACUAAUAACUUAAAGGUGAGUUGAAUCUAUUUUCCGCAAAUGAUACUAAACUUGCUUAAUAAUAAGUGCUGCAUUGAUCAAUUCUAAAAGUUUUAAGUUUUCUCUGCUAGACAAGAAUCAAACUUAAAAAUUUUGAUUUAACUAGCCAUAGGAUACAUAUCAUUAACAUAGUAAUCUCCUGAGUUGGAAGAGUGUAACCUUGGCAACUUAGCCAUGACCCCUAAAGGAACUGGCAGGCACGGCACUGUGAAAUGAGUCUGUUGAACGAUUGGCUGCAUGUGAUAACGAAUGUGUGGCAAACACUCACAGUUAGCACAUACCGUUACUUAUAAAGGUCAUUACAAGUAACUGCACAGAGGCUUGAUUUAAACUUUUUCAUGAGAAAUUUCUUAAUCAGUAAAUUGAUUUGAAUAAUUUUGACUUCUUUGACUUUAAAUAUAGAGUAGGAGUACACUGUGAAUACAAAAUGUUGAUAAAAAGGAAAUGAUUUAUACCAUGUUUAACAAAGCAGUGGUUAUCUUUCGUUUGGCUCAUUGUGGUCUCUUCUGUUUCUGGAUGCAGCUUUAUGCCAUGAAUUAACUCCCAAGAUCUGAUUGUUAAUUCUCUGCUCUUGUAAAGUGGUUAUGAGAUUUAGGGUUUGAUCAAGGUAAUAUCUUGUACCUGAUAAGUUUGAGUAUUCUCACUACUUGUUUGCUAGAUAAUGUGUGAAUACUCUAGGGAGAAGUUACAUUUUAAUCACUUCUGGGAGUUAAAGGGUUAAAUGUACACUGAUCACAGCUGCCAUCUUUUGGUACUGAUGUAUCAUGUUUCAUUCAUAGAACCUGUCAGAAAAUUUCCUCCGCUCAGAGGGUGGCUUAGCUUUUGCCAGCAUGUUACUGAAGAAUCAGUCUUUGGUAAAGUUGGUGUUAAGAUGUGAGUAAAUGAUUUAGUGGAGAAUUUUAAAGUAAGAGUUCUGUUGAACCUUUUAGAGGAAGGGUGGAGAAUUUUGAAGAAAGUGAUAGUUCUGUUGAACAUUCUAGGUAAACAAGGAAGGUGACGACAAGAUACCUUGUCAAAUGAAUGGAUUUUUUAAAUUAUUUUCCAUCCGUAUUCUGAUAUCCUCAUCUCCCGUCUUUUUCCCAUUAUUUCGUUCUCUUGAUUUUUGAUAACCUUUCCUGCACCAAGUUUCCUUGAUUUAAAUUUAACCAACGCACCAGUUUUAAAUUUAAGACGUUUUCGACCGAACUCUUCUAUCUACACGCCAUUGUCAGUGGUUUUUAAGUAAAGUAUUACGAACAUAGUACAUCAAGAACAGAUCGACUGAUUACAAGAUUGGAAAUAACAUAGGAAAUACAAAUAACAAGAAAUGUGUAUAGCAUAGGCAAUACUGAUAACAUGAGGAACAUGGGGCACUCGACGAAAGAGCAAUUUACCUGACGAUUUUGGAAUACGGCUGCAUAAGAACGUACUUGCGAUUACCUUUUAACUCGAGCUCACACCUUUUUUUAUUUAUAUAAUAAGUUUAUAUAAUAAGCUCAUAUAAUAAGAUAAUAAGCUCAGUUAUGCACGCAUUCUGAUUGGUUCUUACUUAUGAUCUAUUGGAGGACAGACGUAUAGAUUACGUCAUCAUUAAAACUUUUUUAAUCCUUUAUUAUAUAAAACAAGUUGCCGUGCAUCUGUUCAGUAAAAGAUCACAGAGGACGUCAAAAUGUGGUAAGAACAGAAAAGUGGCACACGAGGCGCAGCCGAGUGUGUUACUGAUGUUCUGACGUCCUCUGUGAUCUUUCAUUGAACAGACGCACGGCAACUUGGAAUCUAUUUGUUAAUUGUAUGAUUCGCGCAAAGGUCAAAUUUAUAUGGAUAGCCGCGCGGACUAGGGCUAGUAGGGGGAAUUGGUUUCUACUCUCAUUUUCCUUUUAACAUAACAGACAAGUAAACUUGCUUUGUAAUUUUGGAAUUUAUCAACUGAGUUGAUGAUGUAAAUUGGCCACCGUAAAGAGUUUCAAAGCUGACGCUUCAAGCGUUAGCCCUUCGUCAGAGCGAAUGAUCAGUCUUAGCCUUAUGUUUUGCCUUUUUUCUAUCUUUCUCUCACUCUAGCAAAUCACUUAGGCGACAAGGACGCCAAAGCCUUUGCAGAUGCCCUGAGAGAAAAUCGAACUCUAACAUACCUCGACCUGAGCCACAAUGACAUUGGAGAGAUGGGUGGUAUUUACUUGGGAGCAGGACUUGUAAGAAGCUAAGAAAAUACCAUUUUUUCCCCUAAGUUCUACGCAUUUCUUUUUGUUUAAGCGAGAGAGCUAGUUGCUUUAUCGUGUGGCAGUCCUCCAGAUUAGACCAGAACAACAAGAAAACAUCUCGGCAAUUGACGACCCAAGCUGUUAUUAUCGCGCUUCGAUUUACUAUCUGAACACUUGCAACAGGCUAUGUCCACUUACAGUGGCUGGUUAACUGAUAAUUUGUUUUUUUAGGGCAUGAAUUAUGGCCUGAAACAUCUGGAUGUCAGCUGGAACUGUAUAAGGUUCAAAGGUGCUGUUGGAAUGGCACAGGGCUUGAAGGUAACUCACAUUCACCGUUGAACUUCAGUCGUAUCGCUCACCAGCUCCCUGUUGGCUUGUUAGCUCAGUUGGUCGAGCGCUGCACCGGUAUCGCAGAGGUCAUGGGUUCAAAUCCCGUACGGGCCUGAAUCUUUUUCAGGUCCUAUUUUCAACUACUCGUUUCAGUAGUGUUCUUAGCGGCGUGGAUCUCUUACAUUCGUUUCUUCACCGCAGUGCAAAUAUAUGAAUUUCAUAUAUCUAAAAUCGUUGUUCACUUUUCUGUUACUCAUUUUGUGUAACCCUUUAACUCUUAUAGGUGAGAAAGACAGAAUUUCUCCUCACAAUAUCGAUACAAUAUGAAGCAAAAAAGUGAUGAGAUUUAAUAAAUGUCAAUUAGGGGAUUAUUAGUUGAUCCAAUACCAAUUCUCUGAAGUAAUGGGGGAAUUGUUUAGCAGACAGUAAGGAGAAUUACUAAAUAAAUGAGAUUAAGGAGUGAAAGGAGUAAAUUAUUUUUUGAGGUGCAUGGGUUGAUUAUCUUUUUAAACUUUGAAUUUCUGCUUUUCGUUCUUGCAAAUGGGGAAGGUCUUAGAUCUCCUAGGUAUACUGAACUGUUUCAUUUGGUCUUGUAACACCAGACGAAUGAUUGUCUAGCUCAUCUAAACAUUUCUUGGAAUGGCUUAUCGUUGCUGGGUUGUGUUGCACUGGGACGAUUUCUAAAGAAGAAUGAAGCUUUGGAAUCACUCGACAUAAGGUAUCAUUUCCUAAAGAAGUACAACAUAAAUUCAUGUUUAGAAUGUUACUGAAAAGAAUUUCGACACGUAAUUUCGACACUAGUCGACAAAAGAUAAUUUCUCUAAUUAUUACUUGUAGUAACAAUCGUAUUGGACUAUUGGCAACGCAAAAGCUAGCCCUUGGCAUUGCUGCUCAUCCAAAUCUCAAGGUUCUCAAGGUAAGUGAGAAAAUCAGCGUUUUGCAGUAAGAUUUUAAAGUUAACACCUCUUUGUCGAAUACAGGAUUGCAAUGGGUUUGCUUGAAAACGCUCUGUGAUUGGUCCAGAAAACUCGUACCACCCUCUCAACCAAUCAAAUGCAAAACUAAAAUCAAUCGCGACUUAGUCAUCUGCAUUUUCCCGCGUCUCAGGCGGUUAGCUAUGAUUGGCUCCUGGAGAGAUAUUCCAUUGUUCGGAUUGGCUGUAGUGACUACUGGUACAUGUAGUGCUUUUACGCAGUUGAAAUGCGCGUUAUACUUUAUGUUCAAGAAGAAUCUCUUUUGAGGUAUUCGUGACGUGGUUUCGGUGAUUGACAACGUUCUUGGUGGUUUUUAUUUACUACAGAUCGGUAAGAAUCCAAUAGGUGACGGAGGUGUUGAGACACUUUUAAAUGUCAUUAAAGCUCAUCGAGCAAUCAAGUUCUUGUCUCUUGAGGUAUGCUCAUGUAGUUUUGACUUAAAAGAAUGAAGUAAUUAGUUUGUAAGGGUCCGUUUGGCUGUAAAAGUGGAAGAAUUAAACACUUACUAGAUUACCAACAUGAAGUUAUGCUGUAACUCGCUCAACUACCUACGUUAACCAUUAUAUCAAAUUUUUAUAAUCUGGUGCGUGAUGCGUUAGCGCUUCUUCAGUUCAGCGGUUGCAUUGACCAAAGAUGCAAAACAGGAAACAUAAGAGGGUUAAAUGAGGGUGAGUUGACAGAUGGCACAGAAACAUUGGCAAUUAACAACAUUGGAAGAGGGGGAGGGGCGAAAGAACGUGAUGCUUUGUUCUUGAGAAGUGUCCCAGGUAAUCAUGUUUAGGAGUGUUGGAAGGUUGAGAGUUGCCCAAGCGUUUGGACGGGUGGAAAGAGAGAGUGGUGAUGUAGAGGCGAGGUUUCUGUCAUUUUUCACGACCUUAAUGUGCGGUAACGAGGUUAUAACGCUCGAAGUGUCAAAUUUUCAAAAUUCCCAGUGGUGGUUGACUUAACCUCUCGAUUGAGAGGUGAAUUUCGUAUAGACAGCUACAAAGGCUACCCUACAUGUUUUAAAAAUAACAGAAUUCGAUUUUUUGAUUUCGUUACUGCUUUUCAUAAUCCAUUUACUUUUUUAGGACAUCACUGUAUCUCCAAAAAUAUACGAUGAAAUAAAAGAGAUCGAGAAGGAAAAGGGUGUCACUAUUAUUACAGGCGGUAUUGGUGGUUAUAAAAGACCCAAGGUUUGUACCUUUUUAUGCUCAUUUCAUUUUUGCUGUUGUCGCGGCGAGGGGCUGUCACCAUCAUCGACCCACAGAUUCCCUUCCAUAUACAAAAAUGCUGCUCGAUGAUUUGUUGGAAAAAAAACUAUUCCUUGAUUCUUUGGGACUCUUUAAGAUCCAAUCUCGUCCUCACAUCUGUUUUUUCAGAACAAGGUUUCACUGAAAAAAAAUUAACUAGUUUCCAAAAAUUGUGAAACGUUUUUAUCAUUUUUCAAUUUUUAUAAACUUCCUUUAAAGUUUCCUUUUUUUGCAUCAACCUUGUAUUGUUGACGUCAUAAUACGUGUCAUUCAAAUGUCACAGGAUGUGACAAGCUUGAUCUCCUUUGCCAUCCUCGUUCGCAUCACACGACAUGCUCUCCCUCCUCAUGUUGCGUGACAACACCAAACAAUGACUGUGAAUGAUUGCCCAGCUAGAGUCUGUUUGUCAAUUUUUAAAUUUUAUUCAUUAUUUUGAGGGAAUAUUUGAAAAUAACAGCAUUGACCUAUUCAUGAAAACUCACUCAAAAACUAGCUACUUGAUACGGUCUACCAGCCAGUUCUAAUGGAAGUCAAAAGCACAACAAAUCGUGAGUUAUGCCAGACAGUUGCUAUAAAUGCAAUACUGGCUGAGGCUUCAAAUCUUAACGACUUUCUAAUAGGCUCCUUAAAACUGUCGGUUAAGGUUAGUAAAUGGCACGUGUAGUUUAUUGGGUCCUCUAGAAACCGGAAUUCAUGAAUAAAUGAAUGAAGACAAACAAACGACCCAACGAACCAUUUGUGUUUUCGUGUUUUCGUGUUUUUCAAGAACCAAAUGACGCCUGUAUUCCUUUCUUUGUCUCUGUGCUUAUUCCAGUUACUAAUAGAAGCCAUGGAAAGGUCGUUAAAAUAGUCUGAUAUCAGUUAGAGACGGCUUAAGUGCUGAUAUAUUAACAGACCUUUUGUAGACUUCGGUCGUUUUCUUUUUCGGGUUUUGUGGAUAUUCCAACCGUUUUCCGAGGUCUUUUAAAAGUGGAGAAGCCUUAUGACUCAAAUUCCGUAAUGGCCUUCAAGAAUGGCUUUUCAUCAAUUCCGAAGAUGCUCGAAAGUUUUGGCCUUUUGUGUAUUUUUCCUUAUUUGAAUUUAAAUAUAAAGAUGUUAGACCUCUAGAAAACUGCGACAUAUGUAAGAGACAAUUGACUAAGUGUUUUCUGGGUGACGACAGUGCGUUUUUAUUUCAAUAUAACACACUCUAAUGGCGCCAGAAACAUCUUAACCUUGCGAUUUAAAGGGCCCAUAUGUUGUGGUGGUUGUGAUUUUGGAUAUUUUCGUUCUUUCUAAGUAGGGAAAAAAAUCGUCUCGGUCGGCAGAGUUAGUUACCGACGUUAAGAGGCCGGGGAAGAAAGGGGAGGGGGGUGGCCAUUCCCUUUUUCGGCCUAAACAGGUAUAUUCCACAAACAGGGUAUAGUUUUCGGGAUUUUGAAUCUCCCGAACAACGUUUCUUUCAAGACAAGAUGUCUUGAAUAAAGCGAAAUGGUGGUGCUGCGCAGUUUAUAUGGCCUUUACUAUCAAUUAUUUUUCAAUUUGAUUGAGGUUUUAAUAUCUGACUAUUCUGGAAGUGACUCUAUUUUAGGCUCCGAAUUUUCCCUUGCGAGUGCGCUCCCCUCCGUCCCCCCAGCCGCCCCCCGGUUUGUUAAGGUUACGUAACGUACAAGGAUGAUUUGUCGGCUUCAUACGAAAUUACACAAUUACACAACAAGGUCUGUCUACCUACUUUUCCAGUUCUUGCAAACUCCAUUUGUAGAGAUUUUUUUUUUAAGAAUUCCCCAUCGAUGCCCAUUCCUCUUUUUUUUUUCUUUGUCGUUCUUUGAGUCAUUUUAUCGUUUCAAGCUGUCUCUUGGGCAAUUUUUGACAAGUACCCUGAAAAUGACUUAUGGCUAUUGAUAAGCCGAGAACACUUCUCAUAUCAUCGGAAACAUUAUUUUUAAAUUACCUUGUUUUAACACUUGUGACCUCAUUUUCAUACCAUGAACUUUAGACGAGACGGUAUAUAAUUAAGUGGUACAAUUUUAAAGAAAUAUAUUGCUUUGCUAAUCAUAACGCUUUGACGAAUGAAAUACGUUUCAAAAUGUAGGCAAUAUACUCGUAUUUUAUCUGCACGUGACAUCGAGUAUUGGCAUCGAACUUUGUUCGUUAAACAGUGGUCAAAUUGACGUGAUAGUUUCGAGAGGAGCCACUCCGACUCACAACUAAUAUAUUUUACUAUUAGUCUUAAUUUGCCUGCGUUCAGUUGUAUUGUGAAGUACCCUACGUUUACUUGUAGUAAUUUGCUGUAAUUUGGUGCACAGGCUGCGAAUAUAUUUUAUUUUCAGACAGUGAAUUUUUAUGUUUUGCAAUGGAGUUUCUUUUACCAUUGCCUUUGAAUAAGUAACCACAACGUAAACACCUCUUUAAAACACGAUUUGCGUAGGUUUGUAAUCCACAUCAGGGCAAAGGUUUGGUAUAGUUUAUGGUUACUGAAAUCAUAAGAAGUCCCUCGAUGGUGCAACAAUCAUUUUCCAUUCAUUCAGGAUCUCGUAGAUUCAGUUAUGAUUCAAGAAUGUCCUUUUUCCAUGAUACUUGCCGAAAACAUUUGUCACUUUAUGGCGUCACAUAUAUUAUGAAGCUCUCUCAGCUUCUUUUAAUAAACUGUUUAUUUUUUAUUUUGAAUUUGCAUAAUUUUUUAGUAGAAUAGCGUCAUCUUUUAAGUGUUUUUCUCAAAAUUAUUUUUAAUUUUUCAGGAAAUGCCCCCUGGUAUGCGUAUACUGCUUACUUUCAUUCAAGAUAACCGGCUUCGCCUGGUUGACUGGUUUAACCAGUUUGACAAGGACCACAGUGGUGGUAUUUCUCGCGAGGAGUUUAAGAUCGGGCUGAAGGAGACUGGGCUUGUGAUGACGCAGGUAUCAUUCGGUUUUUGAUUUGAUGGUUUCUCCCUCUGAUCUACUGUUCCCUUACAGAUCAUUAUUUUAUACUCAAAUUUGAGUUUCUGUCUUCUUCCAUUGCAGAGGCAGCUUGAUCGUUUGAUUGACUUCAUCGACAUAAAUGACGAUGGUGAAAUUGAGUACAGGUAAAUGGCUAAUAUUAUUUUCUAAAAAGAUUGUCUAAUCCUUGGAGGAUCACAAUUGCCUAACAAAACGAAGGAAAAUACCGCAAAGGGCCAAUGAGAACUCGAAGUAAAAACAUGCAAACCACCUAAAGCGCAGGAAAACGCGGUUGGCCAAGUUUCUUUUAGUUUUAGUUUGUAUCUAAUUGGUGGAGAGGGUGAUGUUUAUUUCUGGUGACAUUUCUGUCUAAUCAAUAAAUCAAUCAAUCAAUCAAUCGAUCCCGGAUCAGUUUCUAGACUUUAUUAAAACUUGUUCUAACUUGAUAACUAUGUUUCUCUCGUUUCCUCCAACAGUGAACUUAUGCGAGGUCGUGAGAUUACAAUACAAGAAAUUCGCCAAGAGAAAAAAAUUGAAGAAAGGCAGAGAAAGUUUGAUGAGGAGCGCAUGCGUCUGCCUAAACUAGAGGGCUACGAUUACGACCUUAUGUAAAGAGGAAACUGGGGGACCGGUACUACGCCGGUGAAGUUUUCAGGUCUGCAUAUGCAUCAAGGGGACUGGGACAGGCAACAUUUAUCGCACAGUUGUUGAACAAGAAACGUGUCUUAUGUACAUCAGUAGGAAGAGAUGCUGUGUUAAACAGUGACGUGAUAUACAUGGAACUAUUGAUUAUUUAUUGGCUCUGCAAAAGUGAAUGUGAUUGUGGCUUUUAAACCGGGAAUGGCCGAAAUAGAGCUCGGAGAUAUUCGUAAAUGUUCGAAUGCUUGGCAGUUGAACAGCUAAUCUAUGGUCAAGGAUGUCGACUCUGUAAAUAUGCACUUUUGCUGACAUUUUAAGUUAACGAACGAAAUUUGUUGAACUUCAAAAUUUUUCCCACCCAACUUAAUUUAUAACUGUCAGAUGUAAUAUAUUUUUAUUUACUCUUAAAAAGACGAGUCGUAUUUCGAAAGAAUCGAACUGAUGAUGUCUAAUUUAUAUGUGUGGAACUCAUUUUUAUUACAAAAGAUACUGAUUAAAGGCAAAGAAAGUAAUCAUGUUUUCGAAUUGUUCUCCAUGUUAUUGUUGAAAUAAUCGAUGCCUAACAGUAGAUAUUGAUUAUUAUUACUAUAAUUGAUACUUUACAAUAGUAAUAGGACUGAGUGGAGUUCAAUUCUGUUUGUAAUCAUACGAGUGAUAAUAAAAUUGGACGACCGCAUAGCGGGAGUCCGAUUUGUUCAUCACGAGUAUGAUUACAGACCGAAUUGGGCGACACGAAGUCUUAUAACCAAGUAAUCAUAAAAAUUACAAUUUCUGGGUAAAAAAAAAA